UCAAAUCCUAAACGCAAUCCCAGAUUAACUGCUCUCGUAACGUUUUCAACUUUGGCUAAUCAAACAAGCAAAGGCAAAGAGCAAAUCUUUAAGCUAAGCAACUCACGAGUCAAAGAAAAAGCAACACAGCCUUAAAGGAAACAGAAGUUGCAAGAGCUUCUAAUUAUCCUCCUCCAAGAUUCUCUCAAUAUCUUCCUCUUCAAAAUAUCUUCCUUUAAUUAGGUGCUUCUCUCCAUCAAAGUUGGGAGUUUUGAGUAUUCUAAAAAUGGUAACUUUAACUUUUGCUCCUGUUUUGCCUGCUAACACAAGACUGUCGGUGUUUGAACUCAAUGGACCCCUCUUCGUUUCCAGAAGAAAACCCAAGAAGAUGAACCAAGCUGUUGUCCCUGUGGCAAGGUUGUUUGGGCCAGCUAUAUUCGAGGCAUCGAAGCUAAAGGUAUUGUUCUUGGGAGUUGAUGAAAAGAAGCACCCAGGGAAGCUACCAAGGGCUUACACCCUUACGCAUAGUGAUAUAACAGCUAAACUCACUUUAGCCAUCUCUCAAACCAUAAACAACUCUCAGUUGCAGGGAUGGGCAAACAGAAUAUACAGAGACGAAGUUGUCGCGGAAUGGAAGAAAGUGAAGGGAAAGAUGUCUUUGCACGUCCACUGUCACAUAAGCGGCGGCCAUUUCCUGCUAGACUUGUGUGCUAGACUUCGUUACUUCAUCUUCUGCAAAGAACUUCCCGUGGUACUGAAGGCGUUUGUCCAUGGAGAUGGGAACCUGCUGAAAAACUACCAGAACUGCAGGAGUCGUUGGUUUGGGUUUAUUUUCACUCGAACGUGCCGGAGUUCAACAGGGUGGAAUGCUGGGGUCCGCUGGUGGAAGCGCAGCACCUCUAGCGGCGGCGAUGGCGGUUGUGAUGGGAAAAGACAAGAGGUGUUGGAAGCGAGUGGGAAUGGCCUCAGCGGUGCGGAGAUGAGUGUAAUUGUUGCUUUCCGCCAAUGAGCUUGAUCCCAUGGUCACCAAAGCACCCCAUGAAAAUGAACAACAUGGGACCCAGGCUGUACCAAAUCCCAAUAUCAUGGAAUGACUUAAUCAAUAGUUACGAGCUUGAUAUGUACUUAUUAAUUUAAUUAAAUUUAUCGAUUGUUUUUUCUUUGU